CUAGAAUGGGCCAGCGGACGCCCCCUGCACCGUGCGGAGGAAUAGGUCGACCGACGAGUCCUGCCUCGCUCCAUUCCAAUUUCGCUGACCUCAUCUCCGACUUCAAUUUCGUCCACAAGUUGCCUCCUUCACUUUAUACGCUGUCGACCAAACUCCCUUCGCUUUUCCACUGCACUUCCUGAUCCCUUUUUGCCCUUCUCUUUUCCCUUCUUUCCGUUCCCGUCCUGUUCUCUCCCCCCGCCCGCUGCCUCACUCCCAGCGACUCACACUCUCUUGCGGCGGCAUACGCACAACGACACAGUUUCAAGUUUUCCAACUACUUUCCCUCGAUUACGACCUGCCCAGCAUUCCCCGUUGCUGUACCCCAGAAACCCCGUAUCGGCCUUCCUCUACUUUUCUGGUUUGGCUCCUUUUCGACCGACACCACUGCAACCCCCAUCGAGCCUCUGCUCCGCCGCCGCCGCCGCCGCCGCCCCCCUCUUUCCACUUCGUCAUUAUCAAUCGGUUUGCGACUUCCAGCGAAAUAUAGUUAAACGUCUGCGGCUCGUUACUCCAGAGUCUCUAUUGCCUUUCAGUCGCCUGCCAUCCUUAUUCUCAUAUUCGAUCCCGGUAACCCUUUUCUUUGAAGAAAGCCAAUUGGGGACAUUCAUUAUCGAGCUCCAGACGCAACUAAAGGGGGUCCACCAAUCCACUGCGUCGCCCUUCUUCGAGACUCGGAAACGGCAAUACUGCAACAGCACAACUUCUCAUUUCUUUUCUUCUUCACAAACCAGUCAAAAUGCCUUGCGGACUCGGAGGGUCGAAAACAGUGCAGCGCAAGCUCGUCUUGCUCGGCGAUGGUGCCUGCGGAAAAACCUCACUGCUCAACGUUUUCACAAGAGGCUAUUUCCCCACUGUAUACGAGCCGACAGUCUUCGAGAACUAUGUGCACGACAUUUUCGUCGACAAUGUCCAUAUUGAACUGUCAUUGUGGGAUACCGCCGGCCAGGAAGAAUUUGACAGGCUACGAAGUCUAUCAUACGAUGACACCGACUUAAUCAUGCUUUGCUACUCUGUCGACAGCAAGGACUCGCUCGAAAACGUCGAAAGCAAAUGGCAAGGCGAGAUUGCUGAAAACUGCCCGGGCGUCAAGAUUGUCUUGGUCGCGUUGAAGUGCGACCUGCGCGAGGCGACCGAGGACGAAGAGGAUGGCGGAGCCAACGAGGACGGUGCUCAACGUGAGAAGAAGCCAAUGAUCAGCUACGACCAGGGCCUGGAAGUGGCUCGCCGGAUCAAGGCCCUUCGAUAUCUCGAAUGCUCCGCCAUGCGAAACCGGGGAGUCAACGAAGCCUUCACCGAAGCAGCGCGUGUCGCUUUGUCAGUGAAGAAGGACCGGGAGGAGUCGAAGUGCGUGGUCAUGUAAGACGGCUGACCGAACAACCCGGAUUAUGGCCCCAGCAUAGGCCGUCCUCUCGAGCAUUGCCUCGAUGCUAGGCAACAAUGUGUUUUAUACGUAAGAUCGACGCAGAUCAGAGCACCGCUAGCAAACACGGGCAACCACAUUUAUCUCCCCGACCAGCUCAUUCACGCUAUCGCCCAAGAAGGACGCCUUUACGACGCCGAUACCGGACGUUUUUGUCUACGAUGCACACGAUUUCGCAACCAGCAGUGGUUCCCUUACCAACUUUUUUUUGUUUUCCGCCACCGGUUUUCGCUCUUGUCUUACUGCAUCUUCUGGCCUCCUCUCUUCGAGUUAUCAAUAUCCUGUCUCGGCGUGUUGUCGGGGUGGUGACUGGUGGAAAAUUGGAGUUUACAACAGCAAAGUUUUGUUUUCCUAUUUUUCAUUUCUGCAUUGUACAUAAUUUGGUCGAUUUUCUGGAAUCUGCAUAUACGGACGGGCUAGUGGGGAAAGACUCUGAAGACAUGUUGAGAUGGACGGGGAACUCUUUCAACACACGACAUGGAAGGUUGAAGUGGCAUAGGGUUGCGCUGGAGGAAAUUUGUUUGACAGCGGAAAAUAUAGCUGUGUUCAACCGCUAAUUGAGCUGCUUGAGCAGUCGCUGAGAGCUUGGGUUUUCGUGGUUGUGGAUUUGAUGUUAAGAGGUCUAUGUAACAACUGUCUUGAGCAUUAUUAUUAGGAUGGGGUGCUGAUGUUCAGUGGCCAUAGCAACAGUCUACGAUAUGUGCCAAAUCCCUGUAUCAUGGUCUGCCAGUUUAGAACAGACGCUCGUGUGUAUAUGUACCCUUGGCUUGAUAUUUUUGUCGCGGAAGUCGAGCUUUCAAUCGAGUAACUGAGCAUCUCCGAA